AUGAAAAUCUCUCACGCCUGCACCCUCCUCUCCCUCGCCUGGCUGGGGGAGACCUGCCUCCUUCCCGGGGAAGCCUCGGGCCGCCGCAUCGGCCGCCGCCAGGUCACAAACCCCAAUAACACGGGCGCGGCCAUCGGCACCGGCGACCGAUUCGACGGCGGCAAGAAGUUCCCCCGUGGCCUUGGCUCCCAGCCCGCCGGCACGAACCUCGAGUCUCUCCUCAACGUUGACGAGAUCAAGAGCGCCGUCCGUGGCCUGGUCGAGGAGUACGACAUUGAGUACUUUGAGUCCCCACACAAGACUUAUCAGAACGCCUCAUUCUUCGGUGCAAAGGUCGGCGGCUCCGGCGACUGCAGCGAUGUGUACCGCGUGUACUUCAACGCCGCCAUCCACGCCCGAGAACGCGGCGCGUCCGACAAUAUCAUCUACUUCAUCUCGGACCUGCUGUACGCGAACAAACACGGAGAGGGCCUUGCUUUCGGCGGUCGUGUGUACUCCAAUUGCGAUGUCCAGCGCGCGCUGUCAACGGGCAUCGUCUUCACGCCCCUGAGCAACCCCGACGGCGUGGCGUACGACCAGGCGACGCACAGCUGCUGGCGCAAGAACCGCAACCCCGCCGCGUCGGGAGGCGACCCGGACGCCGUCGGCAUCGACCUGAACCGCAACUUCGACUUCCUCUUCGACUUCCUGCAGGACUUUGCGCCCACCGUCGGGCCCAACGUCGCGUCGGACCAGCCCGGCGCCCAGACGUACCACGGCACCAGCGCCUUCUCCGAGCCCGAGACGAAGAGCAUCAAGUGGGUGAUGGACGGGCACAAGGAGCUGCGGUGGUUCAUGGACAUCCACAGCUUCGUUGGCGUCGUGCUCUAUAACUGGGGCAGCGACGAGAACCAGCUGCGCAAGCCCUACAUGAACUUUUUGAACGACUCGUACGACGCCGUAAGGGGCCUGAUGCCCGAUACGCCGUCGACCGACGGCAUCUACGGGGAGUACGUCCCCAGCAGCGACUGGUCAGAGAAGGUGUUUGCGGCUAUGCGCAUGGGGAACGCCAUGGACGCUGCCGUGGGCCGGCAUUACGAGGUUCAGCAGAGCGCGUACCUGUACCCGACGUCGGGCGCCAGCGACGACUACGCCUACUCGCGCCACUUUGCGGACCCCUCGCUCGGCAAGAUCCACGGCUUCACAGUCGAGUUUGGUUUCGGCAACGACGAGGUCGAGUGCCCGUUUUACCCCACGCCCGCCCAGUACCACCAGAACCUGCUUGAGACGGGCGCCGGCUUCAUGGAGUACCUCCUUGCCGCGUCAGAGAUAGGCGUUGGCGAGCCUGCCUCCUGUGCGACGUGA